CAUAAGGUACUAUUUUUUUUUUUUUUGCCCCAUACAUAUCAAAACGACAUGUUUUGUUUCCCUUCCUCUGUACAAAGAAGAAGAAUGAGGGAAACCGUUGUUUGCAGCAUUGUACAAUAAUGAAGAUCGUGACGUACAACGUAAACGGAUUAAGGCCACGUAUACAACAAUACGGUUCACUUAAGAAGCUUCUAGAUUCACUUGAUGCUGAUAUUAUCUGUUUUCAAGAAACUAAGUUAUCCAAACACGAUCUUAGAGCUGAUUUGGUUCGUGCUGAGGGUUAUGAGUCUUUCUUCUCUUGUACUCGUACUCAUGAUCGUGGUCGCUCUGCUGGAUAUUCUGGUGUUGCAACCUUUUGCCGUGUAAAAUCUGCAUUCUUGAGCAAUGAGGUAGCUCUGCCCAUUUCUGCAGAAGAAGGCUUCACUGGUCUCCUCGCAACAUCUAAAGGAUAUGGACCUAGAAAGGAGGAGUCCCCUUCAAUAGCAGAAGGCCUUGAAUGCUUUUCUAGAGAUGAGCUUCUUAAGGUUGAUAGUGAGGGACGUUGUCUGAUCACUGAUCAUGGUCAUUUUGUUCUAUUCAAUUUAUAUGGGCCCAGAGCUGUUCAAGAUGACUCUGAGAGAAUCCAAUUUAAGCUCACAUUUUACAAGUUGUUAGAGAGAAGAUGGGAGUGCCUCCUGCUUCAGGGAAGGAGGAUCAUCAUUGUAGGUGAUCUCAAUAUUGCUCCUGCUGCCAUAGAUCGGUGCGAUGCAGAACCUGAUUUUGAAAAAAAUGGGUUCAGAAGAUGGUUUAGAUCAUUACUAGUGCAAAAUGGAGGGCGUCUCCUUGAUGUUUUUAGAGCAAAACAUCCUGAUAGAAAUGGAGCCUAUACUUGCUGGUCACAGAGUACCGGAGCCGAGGAAUUUAAUUUUGGUUCUAGGAUUGAUCACAUACUUAGUGCCGGAUCAUGCUUGCAUGAUGAGGAAAAUCAAGAAGGGCAUGACUUUGUGACUUGCCAUGUUGCAGAGUGUGAUAUAUUGAUGCAAUUUCAAAGGUGGAAACCUGGAAAUACGCCAAGAGGAUGCGUAAAUCACAAGAUAUCUACAUCUACAUUCCACAGGUGGAAAGGAGGGAGGAGCAUCAAAUUAGAAGGUUCUGAUCAUGUUCCAGUUUACACGAGUUUAGUAGAAAUCCCUGAAGUAAUGCAGCAUAGCACCCCGUCAUUAUCUACUAGAUAUCAUCCCCAGGUCUGCGGGAGUCAGCAAACUCUUGUGUCAAUGUUCACGAGAAGGCAAACAACGGAGCAAGUUAUUUCGGAGGAAAGUGAAAGCCCUCAGAUCCCAAGUCACGAAGAAUUUAUCUCAACUCCAGAGAAAUAUGAUAGUAGAGCUUCUCAUAUUAUGAUGAUUGGUUCUCAAAGAAAUACUAAUAUUCUGCCCGGCAUUGAGGCCAAGAAGAAAGCAAGGCACAGUCAGGGGUCUCAACUGACACUUAACUCAUUCUUCCAAAAACGCACACAUAGAAGUGAGACUUGUAGCAGCAGUUUUACCGGUUCUAAACUUUGUCAGACAGACAUCCCUUAUUCUCGGAUUGAGCCCAACGGAGUUCCUUCUGCUGAUGAUGAAAGUGGCGCUUCAAUUGAAAAUACUCAAAAGGAGUGCCAGCUAGAUGCAUGCGACACAGAUAAAGAGAAGAGGAAAGUGGCAUUACAGGAGUGGCAAAGGAUUCACCAAUUGAUGCAGAAUAGUGUACCUCUUUGUAAGGGCCAUCAAGAACCUUGUGUUCCUCGGGUCGUUAAAAAAGCAGGCCCCAAUCUGGGCCGCAGAUUUUAUGUCUGUGCUCGAGCUGAGGGACCUUCAUCAAAUCCAGAAGCAAAUUGUGGUUACUUCAAAUGGGCUGCAGUAUUAAAAUCUAAGGGAAAAGGAAAGUGAAAAUCUUUACUGCAUGUAUGUGACUACAUGAUAAUGAAGUUCAGGUUGGUUAAAAAAUUUGGAACAGGGAUCAUGUGUUUACAUGAUAAACCGCAAAAUCAAUAGAUUUAGUUUUGUUUUCGUGUCGUUAUUAGCUUAAAUUAUCUAACAUAAUUGUAGAUGUUUAUUUGGACGACAGAGAGUUUCUUUUCUUCUUGCUGUUGUAUUCUUUGACAUAAUUACUUUCCAAUUAGUCAUCUUCCUUCA